CCAUCUUUAUCAUCAGGACCAGCAGCACCAACUAGCCGUCACGCUGGCCGCACCAUCGCCCGCCCCGUUCUCUUCCUCGCUGGCAACCGAAAGGUUAAUAAAGUUCGGUAAAAUUCGGAGAUUUCGGGAAACGAGUGCCUCACCAUCGAGACGGACGUCGCCGGCUACGCCAAGUGCACAAUCCUUACUCAUGAUGAUGAUGGCCACAGCAACGAAGGGCAAACGCCCGCUCCGUCACCUUACGGCGACGGACAAGAUCGACGCGAUCCAGCGGAUCCACGAUGGCGAAUCGAAGGCCUCGGUCGCCCGUGACAUCGGCGUCCCGGAAUCGACGCUGCGUGGCUGGUGCAAGAACGAGGAGAAGCUCCGCUACAUGUCCCGCCAAUCGGUCGAGAACGCGGAGAAGCUGAGCAACGAGGCAACGGCGGCCGCCCUAACGGCAGCCGCGGCCGAACUGUUCAGCGGUGGGCCUCCGGAAAAGCGCCUCAAGCUCGAUUCCUCCAUGUUCGGUGGGCACGGUGGGAAGCUCAAGUACGACGACAGCAGCUACUACAAGGUAUCCCCAUCGACCCGCGGUGGCACCCUCAACGGACUGGACCUAUCCGGUGGCAAUGGUGGUGGUGGUGGAGGCGGUAUCGACAAAACCUCGGGUGGUGACAUCAUCAUGAACGGGCUCACGGGCACGGCCGCCGAUUUUAGUCAGUUUGCCAAAACGGCGGCCGAAAUUUCGGCGCUCAGCAAAUCGAGCAAAGCGGCCGCAGCAGCCGCCGCAGCGUACGGGGCCGAUCUCAGCAAACACCAUCACCACGGUGGCGAUCCGUCCAAAUCGGACCAUCACCUGUCGAUGGCGGCCAUCAGUCCGCUGACCAGCCUGAGCCAUCUGUCGGGGAUGUCGGGUCUGGGGCAGAGCCCGCUCGCACUCAGCUUCAACGAGAUUGCCACCAACCUCAAUCUGAUCGCACAGCUCAACAACAACCACAAUCUGGCCACCAUGUCGAGUUUGGCGGGUGGGUUGAAUUCGGCGGCCGCGGCUGCGGUUGCCGCGCAGUCGCUGCGCAGCGUCAGACCAAAGGGUAGCAACACAUCAGCAACACCAGCAAGCAGCAGCAACAACAACAACAACGGUUCGACCGGUCCCUCGCUCACCGUACGCAAUCUGGCGAAGCUGCAGCAGCAGAAGAGCUCGUCCGGUGAACAGCAGCACCAGCAACAGUCCUUCGGAAACGGUCGCGAUCCAAACGCUCCGGUCGACGAUGCGCUCUGGUACUGGCUCAAGUCACAGCAAGCGAUGCUCGGCCUCAACAACCUAUACUCGUCGCUUCCACGUGCCGCCAGCAACAGCCCACCGACGCCACCACCGCCAUCAUCACACAAUGCGACGACGACGGCCGCUGCCGCCGCCGCCAACGCACACCUGCUGACGGCCAGCUCGGGAGCAUCGCCGACGCAACUUCCACCAUCGGCGCACACCCCACCACCGCCGCUCGGUUCGGUACCGCUCGUCAGUACACCACAACCGACACCACCCUCAUCCGCACCCUCGCUUACACCCGAGGACACGAAGAACUCGUCCUGGUUCUGGCAGUGGUACAAAACAUUCGGUGCCUCACUGAUGCCAGGUGGCGGUGGCGGCGGUGCGACUGCCGGUACCGCUGGUACCGUCGAUAGUAAAAUGUUGGCCGCUCUACAGAACCAGCACAGCAUCAACAACAACUCGCUUAGCCAGCAGAAUAACAAUCAAAAAGCUGCUGCGGCAGCUGCGUCGCUGGCAGCCUACGAAAACAUCCUGUACUCACAGCUCACCAAAGGUAGCAGUGCUGCCGGGGGUAACAAUGGCAGCAAUUCCGGUGGAGGUGGUGGUACGGGCGGUGCGAGUGAUACGCUCAACAACAACCACCAUGCGCUAGGUCUACCACAUCUACGAGGUGGUGUAGCGAUGGACCUAAACAUGAGUGGUUCGGUCGGUGGUGGUGAUGUGAAACCCGAAGAUCUCUCCAACCAUCAUCACGGCAGUGGUAGCGAGAGGACCAAGGAAGGUGGUCCACUGGCGCUCGGUAAUGGGGAUCUCGAGCGGCACGCACGCUACAACCCUAGCCCGUGCUCGACGGCGUCCUCGCUACGGAGCGGCCAUCGGACACUGCCAGCCGUGGAUCAGGAUCAAGAUGAUUCACUGGUUGACGAUGAGGCAGAUGUGGAACGUAAAGAUCGCCUUGAGAUGGCCACGGAAGAGAGGCAGGCAGGGGAGCAUCUGGAUGGUAGUGAAACCAACCGAGAGAACGAUGACUCCAGUCUCCAAGAGACUCGUGACGAUCAUCGUCGCGUUCGUCGUCGCCGGCGCGAUUCUGAGGAGGCUGAAGAGGAUGGACAGGAUCUCGAAGAAAAGCGUGCAGCUUGCGUCGAAGAUGGGGUACAGGAGGACGCUGACGAGGACGAGGAGGAGGAGCUGACGAAGGAACACUCAGUGGUCGCCACCGCCAACGCAAAGCAGGUGCUCGAUGGGUUGCUGUUCAGUAGCAACAGCAAUGACCGCUGUUCCACUACACCCCUAUCACUGCCUCGUGGACGCUCCGCCAGUCCGCUAACCGCUGGAGGAAGCAUCCAUAACGACGAAGAGCAGCAUGGUGGUGAGGAGCUGGAUCGGGACGUUAAGGGCAGCGAUCUGGAGUCCGAUGAUUCGAACGUGCAGCCACCGACGAUGCUGACCACGACCACAACACCACCGCCAGAAACAUCGACCGUGGUGGCCUCGGUAGCCGUGGCCGACAUUCGCAACUCGGCCGAUGCCGUCGAACAUGGUGAGAAGUUCCUGAAGUGGCUCGAGGCGUGCAGUGACCCGAAUGUUACCGCAAUGCAGGUAAUGCAGUUCAAGUAUCUGCUCAACAGCAUCAAACUGAGCGCGGAGCGGCAGCUCCAGAGUGCCACCAAUGCUGCCGGAGCGAUUGGUGGUACGGUGCAGGAGGAGCGAACACGCAUUCGGAAACGCAAGUAGAGCCCCGAACUGUUUGAUGUUAAUUGUAAAUAGUCCAACGCAAGAACGGUUCCAAAGCGCACGUUUUGAGACGAAUCGAGCCGAUCGAUUGUUAACGCUUGGCAUCAGCACUUGCGCCUGCGAGUGGCAUCAACAAAGGGUGGUUGAUGCUGAAUGAACGUUAAUGCACAUUCCAGAACUCUUUCUGAAAUUCGAAUUCCAGAAACGAUCUCUCGGCACAGUUGCCUCCGCCCGCGCAAUGUAUCCGCGCAAUGUGGAUAAUGAUAGGGCCACCGUUGUCCUCCUCUGUUGUCCUCCUGAGCGAAGACAAACGAUUUAUUUGGUUACAAGUAGUUUCUUACUUUAAUCCGCAUACCCAAACAAUAUAUAAGUAGUUGAAUUUUUUUAGUUUUUCCACCGACCUGUUUCCCAACACACACACAUCCAUCACACGGUGCGAGGGAACGUUAGAGAUUAAGAAAUAGCCUUUUAUGGCUUUAUUUGAAUCAGAGAUUUAAAAUACAACAAGAGAAUCCUGCACGAGCAUUAUGCGCUGUGCAAGUGCAUUAACGCUAAAUUGAACAUCAAAUUGAUUGUAAAAAUUAAGAAAAGUUGAAUUCUCCAUUGCAGCAAGCCCGCAGUACAAUGUUUUGAAUCAUUCAACUACAUGGAUUUAGUUGCAUUUUUAAAACGUUCCCAUAACUCUCCCUUUUUUAAUUUCCAAACAAUGUUAGUGUUAAUCCAGAUUGAAAUGGAUUUUCGUCCCUAUCGAAGAGCACAGAUCCAGAAACAAUUCGAUAAAAAUAUGCAAACAAUGAUAACACCGCCAAAGACGAGCGGACAUGGAGUGUAGGAGAGUGGUGGACAAGCAAUGAUGAUGAUUCUGAUGCCAAAUGUACAAGUACUUCAAGAUGCACCGAUUUAUUAAUUGUAAACUAAACAAAAAAAGGAAAUCGAUCGCGGGAUAAGAGAAUCGCAAAAGCUCAAAAUUUGAAUUUCACCAAGGAAGCCUAAAUUCCACAAAGCGUAGCCAUUUGGCAACGAUCGAAGUGUUGCCCACAUGCCAAAUGAAGCGUAAAUCCUAAGGCUGAAACAAUUAUAUGUUUCCGGAAAUUUGCGUUUGAUUACUCUGCUCACUUCGAGCCACGUCUGGGAAAGUAUAUUUAGGAAAUUUUGAAUUGUAUAAAGAUGAAAAUUGAGCCGCAUGGUGCAAAGUAAAGUCUUAGUCCAAAGAAUAGAAAGCGGAAACGAGGAGCUGUGUGUGUUGCGCACGCUCGCAGACGGCUCUCGAGCAAUCAGUGCAGCGUUGAAAACCUAAUCCUAUGAGUCGGUUAUAGCUGAUUUGAGCAAUGUUUCCUAUUCAGCUGGUGAUCUGCGCUACUGAUGAUGAUAAUGAUCCCUGAACCCGUUAAUCAAUCAAAACACUCCCGUUAGUAAUGUAAAUGUAGCAGCAAACAUGCGUAUGUAUGAAAUAAACUAUUUAGAAAGUAAAUCCAGUCUGCGGAAUAGCGGAAUCGUGGCGUUUUAUAGCGCAAUCGAAGCAAAAAGAACAAAAACCAACAAAACAAACAUUUCAGCGGUCGACGAAAGACAAAUUGUCAUUGUGAUUUUUUGGACUAUUUCCUAAAAUAAAAAAAAAAAAACAAACUAAACUAAAGAAAACCGGUCCAUCUUGGCGAGAACAUUACAUAUAAUAAAGGAAAGACGUAUUGGAGAAUGAAAAAAAGCACGGCGUAUGUAUUAGAAGUGAUUUUGGGUAACGUGUAAGCUAUUUUCAGACAGGGAGCAAGUGGAACCACAAAUGCAGUCCUCGCCCAGAGGAUCCUGAACAAAACUCAAUUCUAUUCCUAUGUAUAAAACAACAAAAUGAAAGCGGCGCGGUUUAUUGUAAAGUUUGAACUCUAUUCACUCAAAGAAAAUGUUGAACAUACAUAAAUGAAAU